AACACUUCCAUGGAAUGACCCCUGAAGACUGGGAUUACAGAAAAAGAACAACUUGUAGUAUAAGCCUCUGAGACCCUUCAGGACUACGCAGUGUGCUGCUCUGCAAUCACCAUGAAGCAUAUUACACGACUCUCUUUGGCAGUAGUACCAUGGCUGCUGCUCGUGAUCACUCACAGAGGGAUUUGUGUACAGAGGGUCGAUUGCCAGUGGGGGCCUUUUGGUGAUUGGUCAGAGUGUGAUGGUUGCACCAAAUUACAGACCAGAAGCCGAGCCAUGGCUGAUUUUGCUCAGUUUGGUGGGAAUCCCUGCGAUGGAGACCGGUCUCAGACCAGGUCAUGUGAAACCACAAAAGGCUGCCCCCUUGAGGAUGGAUGUGGAGACAGGUUUCGCUGUGGAUCAGGGAAGUGUGUGAGUCAGUCUUUGUUGUGUAACGGAGAUGUAGACUGUGAGGGAGAUGGCCUUGACGAACGUGCCUGUGGAGGUCAACUGUACAUUACAUGUUGGAAAUCAGCUCUACCACCCAACACUGACCUCCUAGGACUUGGGUAUGAUGUGGUGACAGCAAAAUGGAAGGCCAGUGUAAUCAACACCAACAGCUUUGGGGGUCUUUGUCGUAACACCUACAGUGGGGUCCAUAACUCUUUCUACAGACUGCCUCUCAGUACUAUCAAAUACUCCUUUGUGGUUAAUGUUCAGAAUGACUUCAGUGAUGAGAUGUACUCCAGUAAAUGGCACUAUGCAAAGGACAUUGUGAACAGAGAAACCGUGUCGGGGACCACUAAAGGAUAUCACAACUAUGACUUUCAUCAAACAGACGACAGGACUCAGACCCGCAAGCUUUUGGUUUUAAAGAACGACAUCGAGAUAGCUCAGUUCCAAAGUAACUCUCCUCAGUACCUCAUCAUAUCUGAGGAGUUUUGGAAGGAGCUGACCAAACUCCCGUCAGUCUACGACUACGCUGCCUACAGGAAAGUUCUGGAGAGGUAUGGAACACACUACCUGUCUGAGGGAAGCCUGGGAGGCUCCUUCAAUGUCAUCGCCAGCCUUAAUGAAGAAACUGAAAGACAGAUCGUCAGAAAAAGCCAAGAGUAUAAUGAAUGUGAAAGGACCAAACGUUGGAUUUUAAUAUUCCCCAUCACAUCGGUGAAAUGCAAGAGUGGUCAUAGUCAAAGCUCGUUUUCAACUUUUGAUGCUAGAACCAAUGAAGUGAAUAAAGUGGAUGUGGAGGGUGGAGGCAUUGAACAUAUCGCAGCACUGAAGAGACUGAAUCUGAAUGAUCCAAAAAGGAACUGGGAAAUGUACUCAAACUGGGCUGAUUCUGUUCGAUCGUUUCCAAAGGUCACCAAACAAAAGCUGCGUUAUCUGUCAGAGCUGGUGAAGGAGGUUCAGUGUGCCGGUGUGAAGAAGCUUUACCUUCGCAGGGCCAUAGAGCAGUACCUCGCUGAGAGCGACCCCUGCCACUGCCGGCCCUGCAGCAACAAUGGCCUGGCUGUUAUGGACGGAGAUAAAUGCAAAUGCAUCUGUAAGCCUGGGACAUCGGGACAGGCCUGUGAGCAGGGAACAGAGGCAGAGGGUCAGCAGGACGUGAUCCACGGCAGUUGGGCGUGCUGGUCCACCUGGUCAUCGUGCUCUGGUGGUCGAAGAUCAAGAAGUCGCUCAUGCUCUAACCCCCUUCCUCAGAACGGGGGUCAACACUGUAUUGGAGAGUCCACUGAGUCAUCUGACUGUGAAGACCAAGAGCUGCAAUACUUAAGAACAAUGGAGCCUCAGUGCUUUGAUCACACUCUCCCAGCGAGUCAGAGAUGUAGAACCCCGCCAGCUCUAGUCAAUGGCUACAUCCUGGAUCCUAAAGAAACCUACCUCGUGGGUAGUCGAGUCAGUUACACCUGCGCUGAUGGUUUCUAUCUUAUUGGAAGCGACCUUGAAUGCACCGCUGAUCUAACCUGGUCUCACAGACCAGGAACAUGCACACGUAAACUCAAGUGCACGCUUGAGUCCCUCGCUGAUGAUGUCAUCGCCGAUCCUUUACAACAGAACUAUUAUAUAGGGGACGAGGUCAUUUUUUCAUGCCCUGCAGGGAAACAGCUGAUAGGAGAGACAAGGGCUACAUGUGACUCCAGUUCCAAUUUUUCACCUGACCCAGCAAACAGCAAAUGCAUUCCAGUCGUUAUGGCACAACAAGUCGUCACUCCCUUUGUGCAAUGUAAACCAUGGGAGAAGUCCACCAGAGGAAAAUGUGUUUGCAAAAUGCCAUAUGAGUGCAGUUCAUCUUUGGAGAUGUGUGCCACUUCUCAUGUGACGGGAAAAUCUAUCCUCCUGAAUGUGUGCAAAAUACGUGCACUGCAGUGUAUGGGGAAGAAUCACACAAUAGCAGAGAACAGCGCCUGCAAGUGGCCUGAACGAAACACAACAGGCUGCGCCAACUGUCGCAUGUGGGAGACCUGUGACGAUCAAACCAAUGAGUGCCGCUGUAAGGACUCUGCAGAUUGUUUGAGCCCAGGAUUAAAUGUGUGUGUCCGUGUUGGGGAGGAUGAAGCUGCAGCGACUCAGACCAUGAGUGAGUGUGAAGCGGGGCUGCAGAGAUGCAAAGGAGAGACUCUGUCCGUUGUCAGUAUCCUGCCAUGUGAUGCCUGAGGAUGGAGGGAGGACGUUACCUCAUGACCUUCUGUCUCUAAUUAUUCCACUUGAUCACUUUCCUCUUGUUUCUAUUCACUUUCUACUUAAACCGCUUCAACUCAUUGUAAAACUAUGCUGUUGCAUGUAUGUAACCAUGAAGAUAAACUGAAUAAAUAACUUCUUCAGCAA